UGUGGUUUGGGGCACAGGAAUUUGAGCCAUGUUCAGCAAGGGAGAUUUUGAAGGGGACUGGCUCUCUCUGGCCAGCGGCGCCUUUGGCCAAGUCUUCCGGGUGAGGCACAAGAGGUGGAGGGCCGUCUAUGCGGUGAAAUGCUUCCCUGGCCUUCAGCCAGGCUUCACCUGUGACAGAGCUGCCUUGGACAUUCUCAGCGAAGAGGCGGCCAAAAUGGAGAGGGUCAAAUUCCAGCACCUGGUCUCGGUCUACGGCCUCUGCGACAGCCCUGUGGGGAUUGUGAUGGAGCACAUGCCCGGGGGUUCCUUGGAGAAGACCCUGGCCACCCACCAAAUGACGUGGCGUCUGAAGUCCCGCCUCAUCCACGAGACGAGCUUGGCCAUGAAUUUCUUGAACAGUCUGAGGCCCCCUUUGCUCCACCUGAACCUAAAGCCGGGAAAUAUUCUACUGGAUGCCCACAUGCACGUCAAGGUUUCGGAUUUUGGAUUGUUCAAAUGGAUGGAGGUAUCAAGUGGGAUGCCAUACAUCGAGAGGUCUGCCCUGAGCAGCUCCUUGGGCUAUGUUGCCCCUGAGAUACUUCUGCAGAGCACUCACCCACCUGGAACCAAAUGUGACGUCUACAGCUUUGGAAUUGUCGUGUGGGAGAUCCUCAACCAGAAGAAAGCUUAUGCAGGGGCCAGCAUGGUGUCCAUCAUCAUGGGCAUGGCUGCUGGGAAGCGUCCCUGUCUGGACCUCAUCUGCGAUGACAGCCCAGGAGAAUGCCAGCAGGUGGUCGACUUGAUGAAGAGAUGCUGGGACCAGGAACCCAAGAGGAGGCCGAGCUUUGCAGAUAUCUCUGUGGAGAUGGACAUGUUGCUAUCAUUAAUCCAAAGUCCCCUGGUUGACCUGAAGAAAGAGCACCUCUCCAGAAAGACCUCGCUUAGGCCCGGCUUCUCUGGAAGCAGAGGGAGCGACAUAGAUGGAUUUGCCCUCUCUCAGGGAAUGAGCAGCCGUGAUGGUGAGAAUGAUAAGGACCCCUGCUACAGCUUCCCUCAGAACGAAGUUGAAAGCCUGGAAUCCUCCAUCGUGUCUGAAGAAGCCAGAGAGAGCCACGAAAAUGGCCCAGGUUUGCUUCACCGUGUGGUCGCUGAAGGGAACCUGGAGAAGGUGGCCGCCUUCUUGAGGCGGGGAGCGGACGUGAACUGGAAAACCCCCUGUGGCGACACCGCCCUCAUCUUGGCGGUCCAGAAGAGGUCUCUGGAGAUCGUCUCUCUCCUCCUCAAGCACGGCGCGGAUGCCGCCAUGCCUGAUAACGAUGGCUGGACCCCACUUCACUUCGUCGCGCAGAACGGGGACGACAGAAUCGCCCGUCUGCUGCUCGACCACAAGGCAGACGUGGAUGCCCGAGAACUUGAUGGGUGGACACCCCUGCACUUGGCUUCUCAGAACAACCUUGAAAACGUCGUCCGGCUCCUCCUCUCGCGCCAAGCUGACCCAAACAUUCAGGAGAGUGAAGGGCGGACGGCUUUGCACAUCGCCGCUUAUUACGGGCAGGUCAAGCUCGUGAAGAUGCUGGCCCACCAAGGAGCAGAUGUGGAGAAGAAGCAGAAGAACCAGCGGACUCCACUUCACCUUGCUGUAGAGAAAGGAAAAUUCCGGGCGGUCCAAUACCUCCUGAAGAACGGCGCGGCGGUUAACUGUCUCGACCAGAAUCUUUGUAGCCCUUUGCAUCUGGCGGUCUCGAAGGGGAAAUUCCUCAUCUGCGAAAUGCUGGUCCGAUACGGAGCCGACGUGGCCCUCACAACAGACAAAGGGUGGACACCUUUGCAUCUGGCAUCCUUGAAGGGCCACGUGGAAAUCGUCCGUCUCCUGGUAGACAACCACGCCCAGGUGAACGCCAAGGGCAGCCUGGAUUGGACCCCUCUGCACUUGGCGACACGCUACAGCGAAGAGGGGAUUAUCUCUGAGCUCCUGAGACAUGGGGCGGACCCCAAUGCUGCCGUGGACUCCGACUGGACUCCUCUGCAUCUGGCGGUCCAGCGUGGCACUUUGCCUGGCAUGGUCCAUCUCCUGGAGUACAAGGCAAAUGUCAACAGCAAGAACAAGGCAGGCUGGACGCCCACACACCUGGCGGUGCUCAAAGGGGAUGUGCCCAUCCUAAAGACGCUGCUCCAAGCUGGGGCACAGCUCGAGAGGGAGGAUAACACAGGCUGCACCCCCCUCCAGCUUGCCGCCAGGGGUCAGAAGCAAGACAUCGUGGACUUGCUGCUAGGCGAGGAAUUCUCAGAAGCCGCCCAGAAAGAGAUCUUUUUCUAA